UUUAAACGCAACACUCUGUACAUAGUUCGCCUCUAUGAUCACCCUUAGGACGGCCAGAGAACGCUCCAAAAGCUUCGACCACCUGUUUCGCUCAGGGCCUGAGUAUUUUGGGGAGGAAAUCGCGCAGAUCUCAGAAGGGUCUGGGCGGAAGGGCGAAGGGGAAGGGGUUCUCGUCUUUGGCGCAGUUGUAAUGUAUGUAAAUGUAAACAAUUAGUCGAAGGAGCUGGUAAACGGUAUAUACCUGUAGGCGAUCUUGUGACGGAGAAGGGCGCGCGUACGUUCGCCAGGUCAUUAAUCGACGGUCGACUCUCGAGCGGCGCACAUUCGUGCGUGCACCUCGCUCCUCGAAGGUUCGGCUAUCGCGUUAACGGUUACUUCUUUCUUGUGACACGAAGAAAGAGGAUCGGCGGCCCCUUGGAGCGAGCCCGGUUGUUUCUUAGACUGUGAAAGGCCGCUUUACCGUUCCCGUGGUUCGACGAGGGAAACGUUUCCGGUGCGAACCAACAGCUGUCAUCCAACGGGAAGGAAUAUUGUUUCCAGUGGAACGAAACCGGUGAUGUUGCGCGAAUCUCAGUGAAUAUCGUGCGCACGUUUAAUAACUUCGGUAUCGUACGAUUAAAUAGAUCUGUGUCAAGGGGAGAUAUAUGAAUGGUGAAGUGAUGUAAAUAUCGCGAGGAUCCUUCGUAUCCCCAAGAAGAAUUAACAACUGGAAUAGAGGUGUCGCGACGCCAGGUUUGGGCUUGGAACGAGGCAGAAGUACAUGGAACUAAUCCCGUUGGACAAAGUUGUUUUUCUCUAUCGAGACGAGGGAAAUUAUCAGAGAUAACGGGUGCGUUUGUCGAAAGGAAGUUCAGGUAAGCGAUGGUGUUCGUGCGCCUGCACGCGGCAAAUCUACCCAAGGAUCGUUGAUGGAGCUGAUAGAAAACGUUUCAACGGCUGAAAGAUGACCGUCGCGAUGGAUCACAAACGGAAGAGCUCGUGGGACUCAAAGAUCUCGGUGAGCACAGUGAGUACCAGAAGAUUUAGCCGUGCAGGGACACCGAGCUCGAUUCUAUCGUCGGACAGCGACAUUCGCUUCACGAGGAAACUUGGCGGACAAUAUCGUUGCGGGUGUUGCGUCCUAGCUGCGUUUCUGCUCUUCCUUCUCUUCUCAGGGGUCUCCAUAUACCUCGGCUACACGUUCCUUACUUCGGACCCCCCAGGCGAUCAGAUCUUCUUGGCGACUUUCCGCGUUACCGAAGGAGACUCGUUCGCCACGGAGCUGGCAGAUCCCUCUACCGAAGCCUUUCGAAUACGAUCUCGGGAGUAUCGCGAUCGGUUGAAUCUUAUCUUUCGUCGCAGCUGGCUGAAGAUCUCCUUCAUUGCCGCGGAAGUUUUAGCACUCGAUGGAUUGGAGGCUGGAGACUUGGUCGUGCACUUCGACAUACGUUUCGAUCCACGGUUCCAAACCAUCACGACCGCCGACGUAGUCGACAUUCUCUCGCGGGAAAUAAAUCCCGAAACCUCUAAAUACUUGACGAAUCUGACGAUAGACUCCGCGAGUCUGGAGGUUCAAGAGAGCAUAAAAGCACUGAACGCUCAGGUCAGCUUGCAAACCACCGUUUCGACGCCACCGCCGACAACGGCUGCACCGCCUCCUAGAAGAUGCAGCAACGUGGAUCUCUCCUACUGCAAACACCUGCCUUACAACGUCACGUCUUAUCCAAAUAUUCUCGGACACCGUUCCUUGGUCGACGUGGAAGAGGACGUCAUCGCAUUCAGGGAACUAGUGGACGCGGAAUGUUACCGAUUGGCCUACGAUUUUGUGUGCCAAGUUCUGCAGCCGGCGUGCGCGCCAAGUCAACCGGAAGACCUGCUGCAGUUACCGUGCCGAAGCUUCUGUCGAGAAUUCUGGAACGGAUGCGGCAGCCGACUUCCGGAUAGAAUCAAGAGGUUGUUGGACUGCUCUCAUUUCCCUGAGUACGCGGACCAAGGUGGCUGCAGAGCGAAACCAGGAUGCGUGCAGGCGCUUCAAGCGAAUGCAUUGUCGCCGAGGAUUUGCGACGGCGUGAUCGACUGCCCUGACCUUUCCGACGAGAAAAAUUGCGCUUAUUGUCGCGACGGUUAUAUGCACUGCGGCGUAGGCAGAACGUGCAUUCCUCGAAGCAAGAGAUGCGAUGGAAAAAUGGACUGUACGAACGGCAGCGACGAAAAGGAUUGCCUGUCCUUGGCUCCAAGCCUUCGGUCCAUGAAAUCUCAACCAUCGGACACUCCACACGCUGUGAAGUACAAUAGCGAAGGUUUCGUGGUGUUCAAUGAGAAAGGUACCGUUGGAAAGCUUUGCACCGCGAACUUAAACGCGACGCUGCCAGGAACUGAAAUGGAAACCGUUCUUCAGACUGCUGCCAGCUCUUUGUGCAACUUAUUGACGUACACAGGGGUUAAGUCCGUGGAAAUAAGGAUCGACGACGAGGAGGACGUGCAAUAUGUACACAUGGAGGAUCCGUCUGCCACGGAAAUCACAUUCGUCAGGGCACCCUGUCCUAGCAAAGAAGUUAUGUACGUCCGUUGCUCCGAACUCGAAUGUGGCGUGCAAUCUCUGCGCACGAAGGGCGGCACGCGGGGCCUCAGCAAGAUGGCGGAGCCCGGCGACUGGCCCUGGCACGUGGCUCUGUUCAAAGAAGAGGUGCACGUAUGCGAUGCUACUUUAAUCGCUGAAAAUUGGUUGAUCACCACAGCGUCCUGCUUUCAAGGUCAGUCCAAAGCAGAAUGGUCCGCCAGAAUGGGCACCGUUCGACUCUCGAGCACGUCGCCGUGGCAACAAGAACGCAGAAUAGUUGGAAUGACCAAAUCACCCGUAGAAGGGAGCACUACCGUUUUAUUGAAGUUGGAUCGACCUUUGACCACGUUUUCCGAUUUCGUCAGGCCAGUCUGCCUACCCUCGAGCGAUGAUCCACCCGCAAACGCGUCUCACUGCAACACUUUGGGAUGGGCAAGAAAUCGCGAUCUGCUGCAGAGGGUACAGCUGAGGCGCAGCGCGAUGGAGAAAUGCGAAAAUAUUAGUAUAGCGUCUGUGAAUAGUAUCUGCACGGAACCUGCCUAUUCAACCGACGAUUGCAACGAGGAAGAGGUUGCGGGAAGUCCUAUGUUGUGUCUUCAGUCAGACGGUCGCAGAUGGGCUCUGACUGGCGUUGGUAGCUGGCGAAUAGCUUGCUCGAAAGUCGGCGUCGAGAGGCCACGACUUUACGAUAAAGUUUCGUCGAAUAUCGAUUGGAUAAAGUCGACCAUCGUGUGAUUAUUUUAGGCGAAACACUGUUUCGCGAAUCUACUAAAUCCACGACGAUAAGUCGUCGGGCCGAUCAGAACUGAGAUCAAGAUUGUGACACGGGCAAUAGGAUUUGCAAUGUGUACGGUAGUGCCUCGCUUGGAGACGAAAAGUCGUGUCCACUGUUCGCCUUGAAUCGAGGGUCGGUAAGGAAUUUUAUUUUGAGCCAAACACGCGUGAACUUUAAAGCAAUGGACGUCAUGUGCGUCAUGCGUACGUUACAUUAACGCUAAUGUAACAUAAAUUUUUGUCGUCUUUUUCAAUGUUGAUGAUAGUAUCGUUAAUGGGUAGACGUGUUCUCUUGCUGAGAAGGACUCUAAACACGACCUUAUUCGAAGACAUUUAUACAUAUUUGAAACAUAUUCACAUACAUAUUCAGAGACGUGUUACUGUAUACUACAGAAUAAUUCGAAUUAACUUAAUUUUAUGUUCAUUCUCAGAGAUGAAACGAAACAAAAUACAAAGAUUUUUCAUUAUUUCUUCACGAAUUCCUCAUGUAUAAAAAACUUUUUGGCGAUGUUGAGUCCAAACGCGAUUUUAUUCUGGAGUUUGUAGCGAUUUUAUUCGGGACUUUUAUAAAAUUAUAACAGAAAAAGAUCGUCAUAAUUUAAGUUCCAUUAGAAGAUGAAAUUCAGCUAACAUUAGUCGAAGAAAAGAAGAAUAGUGGUGGAGAUGACCUCGCGCCUCGUCGACGGGGAAGACGUUCAGUUCUUGAAGCGAGAGGACUACUGUAUCAUACUGUACUGUACCAUGAUCGUUUUUUAUGCAAUUGUGAAUCAUCGUACGGUUUCUCUGUUGAUAUUUUUCGGCGUAGAAUACUCGCUCACGUGAUCGUGAAGUAUGCUAAACAUUGUAAAUUAGCGCCUCGAGCGCGUCUCGUUACCGUGGCAUAUAGCGUUUAUUUUGAUUCGCGCGAAUCGAACGUAAUGUAAAGUUUGCCGGACACUCAUUGUUGUAUCAUUAUUCGUAUAAUAUAUACAUAUAUACAUACGUUAGAGCGUUGUACAGAGAAGUGAUUCAUUAAAGCCUGAGCGACUGA